ACAUUACCAAUGAAGAAUAUGCUGCUUUCUACAAAUCACUCAGCAAUGACUGGGAGGACCAUUUGGCUGUUAAACAUUUUUCAGUCGAAGGACAGCUUGAAUUCCGUGCAAUUCUUUUUGUACCAAGACGUGCACCUUUUGAUUUGUUUGAAACCAAAAAGAAACGCAACAAUAUUAAACUUUACGUUAGACAUGUAUUCAUUAUGGAUGACUGUGAAGACUUAAUACCAGAAUAUCUUAGUUUUGUAAAGGGUAUUGUGGAUUCUGAAGAUUUGCCUCUUAACAUUUCCCGUGAAACACUUCAACAGAAUAAAAUUCUAAAGGUUAUUAAAAAAAAUAUUGUCAAAAAGUGUAUUGAAUUGUUUAAUGAAAUUGCUGAAGAUAAGGAAAACUUUGCCAAAUUUUAUGAAGCAUUUGCCAAAAACCUUAAACUUGGUGUUCAUGAGGAUUCACAAAACCGUGCUAAAUUAGCAGAAUUCCUUCGUUACUAUUCUACAAAAUCUGGUGAAGAAAUGACAUCAUUAAAGGAUUACAUUACAAGAAUGCCUGAAAAACAAAAAUCAAUAUAUUAUAUUACUGGUGAAAAUCGCCAAGCUGUAGAAAAUUCACCAUUUGUUGAAGUUCUCAAGAAGAGGGGAUAUGAAGUGUUGCUUAUGACUGACCCAAUUGAUGAAUAUACUGAGUUAUGUAAAUUAAUUAAAGAUAUACUUGGUGACAAAGUUGAAAAGGUGCUUGUGUCAAAUCGUAUUUCAGAAUCACCUUGUGUGCUUGUGACUGGACAGUAUGGUUGGUCUGCUAACUUUGAGCGUAUUAUGAAAGCACAAGCUCUUCGUGAUUCAAGCAUGUCAUCUUACAUGGCAUCAAAGAAAAUUAUGGAAAUCAAUCCAAACCAUCCAAUUGUUAAAUCACUCAAGGCAAAAGUAGAAACUGACAAGAAUGACAAGACAGUUAAAGAUCUUACAUGGCUGUUGUUUGAAACUUCACUUUUACAAUCAGGGUUUAGUUUGGAUGAACCAUCAUCAUUUGCCGGUAGAAUAUUCAAAAUGAUUAAACUUGGUCUUGAUAUUGGUGAUGAUACAGAGGCUGUGGAAGCUGAAGAAAUAAUUAAUCCUAUUGAUGAAGGUUCUGUUGAAACUUCUAUGGAAGAAGUAGAUUAA